AUGUUAGAUGGUACUAUUUCACAAACUGGUUGCAUCUGGCACCAGGUUCACCUUGCGGUCUUGGCCAAUGGCCAUAUCCAUUCCAUUCCUUUCCUAGUCUGCCCAAUAGGCAAUACCCCGGCUAUACUUGGGAUGACAUGGCUUGCAAAUGAAUCCCCUUUGAUUGAUUGGCAACAAGGAUCAAUCACGUUCCCUGAACUAACUGAAAUAGCUUUGGAAGAGGAGGCAGAUCCCAACCCUCUAGCAGACCUACCCAAUCAAUAUCACAAGUUUGCCAAAGUCUUUGGCAAAGAGGAAUUCAAAGUCUUACCUCCUCAUAGGGAAUACAAUAUUGCAAUCAAUCUAAUCCCUGACGCCAAACUAUCUCCUGGUCCUAUCUAUGGUAUGACAGACGCAGAGUCAAAGGCUUUGAAGCAGCAUAUUGAUGAAGAACUAGCAACAGGGAAGAUACGCCCUGGUACCUCAUCCGCAGGAGCCCUGGUUAUGUUUGUCAAGAAGGCUGAUGGCUCCCUAAGAUUGGUUGUGGACUAUUGGAAACUCAAUGAUGUAACCCACAAAAACGUGUACCUGCUCCCAAGACAGGACAACCUCAUGGCAAAAUUGAGACAUGCCAAGAUAUUCACAAAGCUUGACUUACGCUGGGGAUACAACAACGUCCAAAUCAAGGAAGGCAAUGAGUGGAAGAUGGCUUUUAGAACCAAGUACGGGGUGUUUGAAUACCUGGUAAUGCCCUUUGGCCUUACCAACGCCCCCGCCGCUUUCCAGCAUUUCACAAAUGACUUGUUUAGGGACCUCAUUGACGUGACUGUGGUUAUUUACCUGGACAACAUAUUGAUAUUCUUGGAAGACCCAAAGGACCAUCCUACCCACGUCAGGGAAGUACUAUCACGUCUGAUGAAGAAUCAAUUGUUCUGCAAACUAUCCAAGUGUCACUUCCAUGUCACUACAGUUGACUACCUUGGUAUUGUCAUCUCCCCUGCUGGCUUCUCCAUGGACCAGAAGAAGAUUGAAGCCAUUACAACGUGGCCCACACCUAAGACAGUCAAGCAGGUCCAGGCCUUCCUAGGGUUUGUCAAUUACCUCCGCCGGUUCAUUCCCAAUUUCAGCUCUGUUGCAUGCCCCCUGCACAACCUGACAAAGAAGGAAACCCCUUGGUCAUGGGGUGAUCCCAAAGAAGUUGCGUUCCAGGAACUGAAAUCCUUAGUUACCAAGUCCCCGGUUCUUAUCCACUCCAACCCAAACCUCCCCUACUACCUAGAGACAGACGCUUCAGGAGUAGCCAUGGGAGCCAUCCUGAGCCAACAGGGAGAGGAUAACCGUCUCCACCCAGUUGCAUACAUGUCCAAAUCCUUCUCUGGCGCCAAAGCAAACUAUGACAUGCACAACAAGGAGCUGCUGGCAAUUAUCAAGGCACUGGAAGAGUGGCGGAUCUUCUUAGAAGCAACAGAUAGACCCAUACAGGUGUUCACAGAUCAUUGGAACCUGGAAUAUUUGUCAUAA